CUCCGGACAUAUCAGAUGUUGCGCAGACCGAUUCGGUCCCAUGAAUGAAACCUCGUUAGUGACAGGAGGUGUAUCUUUUGUUUUUAAACGAGCAAAUAGAACAGGAAAUAAUCGUGGCACAUGUUUUAGUCCCUUUCUGUCGAUAGCCUUCGGUUAAAGUAGCACAUAGUUUAGUGCGCAACGGGGAAGCAGGUUAGCAGCUAUCCCAGGUUAAAGGAGAGUAGCAGCGGUAACGUAGCUGUUAGCCUGUCAAGCUAGCGAGACCUUAUCCAAGUCAUCGUACAAAGAAAAAGCAAAUAUGUUUGAAAUAAUAAGUGACCUACCCGUGGAAAAGCAGAUAUUUUAUGGUGUUUUGGUGUUUUCGGGUUUGGUUUAUCUGUGGGAGGACUAUCUUGCACACAGACAGCGAAAGAUAUACAGGUCAACAACACAUGUCCCACACGAGCUAGAAAAGAUUAUAGACUCUGAAACCUUUGAAAAGUCACGGCUUUAUCAACUGGAUAAAAGCAACUUCAGCUUUUGGUCUGGACUCUAUUCCGAAACAGAAGGAACUCUGAUCCUGCUCUUGGGUGGAAUCCCUUUUCUGUGGAGUGGCGCCGGUACUGUGACAAAGCACUUUGGAUUUGGGCCGGAGUAUGAGAUCACGCAGUCGCUUGUCUUUUUGACUCUCGCCACCCUGUUCAGUGCCUUAACUGGCCUUCCCUGGAGUGCGUACAACACCUUUGUCAUUGAGGAGAGGCAUGGAUUCAACCAACAGACGCUGGGGUUCUUCAUCAAAGAUGCUGUGAAGAAGUUUGCGGUGACUCAAUGUAUUCUGCUACCUGUGACGUCACUGCUACUGUACAUCAUCAAAAUUGGGGGUGACUACUUUUUCAUCUACGCCUGGCUCUUCACCCUGGCUGUUUCUCUGAUACUCGUCACCAUCUACGCUGAUUACAUUGCUCCCCUGUUUGACAAAUUCACUCCUUUGCCAGACGGAACACUCAAGACAGACAUUGAGACCAUGGCCAAAAGUAUAAACUUCCCCCUCACUAAGAUUUAUGUUGUCGAAGGUUCCAAGCGUUCUUCGCACAGCAAUGCGUACUUCUAUGGUUUCUUCAAGAACAAACGCAUUGUUCUCUUUGAUACUCUGCUGGAAGACUAUUCCCCCCUCAACAAGGCUGAGGAGACAAAGCCUGAGCAGGCAGAGAACGAGGAGGGUCACGGCGAACCAAAAGUCAAGCCCAAGAACAAGAAACAAGGAUGUAACAACCCGGAGAUCCUCGCCGUUUUGGGUCACGAGCUGGGUCACUGGAAGCUUGGUCAUACGGUCAAAAACAUUGUCAUCAGUCAGAUGAAUUCUUUCCUGUGUUUCUCCCUGUUUGCUGCUCUCAUCGGUCGUAAGGAGUUGUUUGUGGCUUUUGGCUUCAACGACAGCCAGCCUACCCUCAUUGGCUUGAUGAUUAUCUUCCAGUUCAUUUUUUCUCCAUACAAUGAGCUACUGUCCUUCUGCCUGACUGUCCUCAGCCGUCGGUUUGAGUUCCAGGCUGAUGCUUUUGCGCGCAACAUGGGUAAAGCCUCCGAGCUCUCCUCAGCCCUCAUCAAGCUCAACAAGGACAACCUGGGCUUCCCGGUGGCCGACUGGUUGUAUUCCAUGUGGCACUAUUCACAUCCACCCCUCCUGGAGCGCCUCAGAGCGUUGGGCAACAUCAAACGGGACUGACGGGGCCGCAGGGGGGAGCGGCGAGCAUCCCCUCCUCCUUUCAAGGGCCUCCGCAGACCUCUUUUGGCCCUGUGAUUCAUCCGUUUUUGUCUCCUUUCUAGUGUUGUUGCUUUAGUAAUUUCAUUUAAUGACAGGAUUUACAUGUUAUUUUAAACACCAAAAACAUCAGCACAAGGCAGCCUACAUAACUGUAAGAGCACAGAAGAAAUGAGAGUGCACAUUGGAACAGUACGUGAGGGAAAUGUGUGUUAAAAGAUGGAUGUGGCAAAUGACUUCUGUCUUUGUUUUUCCUAGACGCACAGCCACAUACUCUAUACAUGUUCUUAGAGCGUAGCUCUUUGAUUUUGUUGCCUCUUAUUCGUUGACCAGAACAACAAUAGUAACAAUACUGAAACAUUGGGCCGUGCUGUAUCAUAUUAAAAAAUGUGCCUCCUAA